AAAAGCCAAGAAAGAUUCGCACCUUUAGUAGAAGAAUAAAUCUGGUCUUUGGAACCAAAUUCCAAAAUGAGAUUCUUGGUGGUGAUUUCUUUGGUGUUAGCUUUGCAAAUAAAAGUUGGUGCAUCAUUCAUUGUGACCAUUAAUGAUUUUGGGGAGUUAGAGGAGGGCGAUACGGUCAACUUUACCUGUACUUGGAUUGGAUCAACAACACCGAACACCUCGCUCACCUAUUUCUAUUUCUUUUUUAACCGUGACAUAUCUGGUGCUUUCAUGAACUCUACCUUGAAUCCAGUAAUUGAGUAUGAUAACAGUACACAGAAUUACACGACUAUUUUCAAAGUAUCAAAUGUCCUCGUUGAUCGACGAUUCAAUUACCAGUUUUUGUCGUGCUUCAGUGGUCUGGUGGGCGCCGGGAAAAGAUUGACCGUUCUUUAUGGUCCAGACGAUAAUAAAAUGACACUCUGGGGCAGUGAGACUGGACGGGAAGGGUUUUCUGGCAACUGGAAAUGUGCUGUGAGCGAAUCUUAUCCUGCAGUCAACCUCACUUGGUACAAUGGCUCUACUGAAUUCACUCCUGACUCUAAAGCUGUUGUCACCAGUACUAAUGGUAACUUCAAAACCGAGCAAUGGUGGAAGUUUACCUACACUCGAGAUUACUCUGGGUCUAAUGUCAGUUGUGUAGCCACAGGAUACAAGAAUAAAAGAGUCACUAAAUCUAAGCAGUUACAGGUCAAUUUUGCUCCAGAGCUAGAAGUCAGGGGAAAGUACUUAUACGUCACAGAUAAGGACACAAUGAAGUGUUAUGUAGAUAAGGGAGCCACUUUGAAUCUGACAUGUGGAGUGGUGGCAGCCAGUCCCAUGGCCAGUGCAGUUUGGUCUGGAAGAGGAAGUGACCAAUUAGUAAUAACUAACAUGCCAAGACACUUAAGCUCUACUGACUUUUUUUGUGAAGCUCAAAAUUCCGUUGCCAAAAGUUCCAUUCAAGUCAAGCUUGUAAUACAGUAUGGACCAGAAUUUUCUACUUUCUCAACAAUGUGGGUAAAAGAAGGAAAGAAUUUUACUGUUGAAGCCUAUAUUACUGCAAAUCCACACCCUGUGAAAAUAUCGUGGAGAAAAGUGGGUAGUACAAAGGUCUUGUCUACGAAUUUGAAGCUAAGUCUCCAAAACAUAAGAAGAGAACAAGCAGGGGUGUAUGUCGUGGAAGGCACAAGUCUGAGGAUGAGAGAGAACAACGCGACUGCAGAAGUCACAGGAAACACCACAGUCAAUGUGGUUGUCAAAUAUGGGCCUGGAGACUCCGUUAAGCUGUCUCCAAACUUAACAACGUUCGAAGUAGACGCUGGAGAGCCUCUACCGCUCAUUACUUGCUCCGCCCAAUGUGAACCUGCCUGCAGAUACAUUUGGUAUCAAUACUAUAGGACGAAUACAGACAGAUACAGGGGGUCCACUGCCGUCCUAAACCUCGGCAAUGCAUCAUCUUCCGAUGUCGGAAUCUACAUGUGUAGAGCGAGUAACAACGUCAUUGGAGAUAAUUUUGAAGGAAAUGUGACCUUUGAGCUGCGUGUGAAAUAUGCUCCAGAAAUAAAGUCAGUGACUUUAAAUGGAUACACUGGGAACCCAUACAGUGAAAGUUUUCCCAUCACUGUAACCAGUAUCAUAAGGACAUAUCCAAAUGCCACAAUCACGUGGGCCAUCUCACAUGAAAAAUCUUUGAACUCGUUUUUGCCCUUAGACUCCAGAUACAGUGCUAACCAAACCAUGACGUGCACUUAUGACUGUGAAAUCGCGGCCAUUCUGACUGUGUUCCCUCCCUUGUGUACUGAUACAGGAAACAAGUAUUCCGUGUAUGCCACGAACAGGAAAGGAAACUCCUCGAUAAAAACAACCCACUACAGCAAUACCAUCGCAUGCACACCUCGUCUAGCUAACAAUGCGCCGAUGAAUCAGACCUACAGAACCUGUGAGGGGGCUGAGCUGAAUAUGACAGCAUCAUUUGUGUCUGUUCCUGGACCUUUUAUUUCCUGGUAUCUUUUACCAAAUACCCGUAAAUAUGUGCAUCACCUUGAAGGACGGGUGGGACCCGGAACUUACACAAAAGUAUUUUACAAAACAAAUUACCACAUUCCCGUUAUGUAUAGGCAUCUGUUUGGAACAUAUCUUGUUGAAGCAAACAAUUUCAGAGGAUCAAUUGCAAAGACUUACAUUCGGGUAUUAAAGAAUUCCUCUUGCUCAGAUGAAUCAACUACAGCACUAAGACCUAUCCCAUCCGUAGCUGCCACCUUACCUCCAAACGCAUCCUCCUCUAAGAUGAAUGGCCCAGCUGGAAUCAUUAUGGGUUCUGCGAUAGCGUUUCUUAUGUUGCGAGGAUAUGUAUAGUGUGAUGUGUCAUCUUUGUUAUGAGGAACAAAAGAACGCUAAAAGAAUGUAAAUAAAACUUGGCAAGACUAAUAUUCCCAUGACGAGGGUGCAGAGACAAACACAUCUAGAAGCCCUGAACGCAUCAGGAAGGAAACGCUGCAACAAACUGAAUUUCCUUUUUAUGUAUGGACACUUUAUACUGUAUACUAAAUUAGUUUCGCGUAUUGCAGAGUUCAAUCAUAAUAUUUGUUUGAAAAUACUUCUCGUAUAAUGAUAUACAUGCAACAUUAUUCGAACGCAAGUUCUGACAACUUACUAUUAUAAUAGUUUCUUACCAACUUUCUGUAAAAUUAAUUGUGUCAAAAUUAAUAGAACAUUGAUAUGCACUUGAUAUGCAUAAUUAUAGCUUUACAAGCUGUUUCGUUUGAAUUUCGUUCUACAAGUAAGAAGUGGUAUUUUUAAAUAAUUACAAUAUUUAAUUAAUUGUUGAACAAAACAAAAUAUAUAUUGGUCGAUGCUCUUCAAUGUUGCUUAAUUGUUAUAUGGCGUUGAAUUAAAGUUAUG